AGCUGUCAUCUGUCAUUAAUAAAAUAUAGGUUAUAAUUACACGAAAACAAAAAUAGUUUUCCAAAUAUUCCUUUAAUUUCUAAAAAAUAUAUAUAAAGAUGAGCGAUACAGCCGAAAAUCAGUCUGAAUCUAAAGAAUCAACCAUUUUCAAGCCGAAAAAACGAAAGAACCUGAGACAAAGAAUAAAAACUGAAGAGAGUGACGAUGAAGAAACUAUAGCAAUCAGUAACAAGUUAGGUGAAAUGAGGGAAGUACAAAAUCUAAGAAAAAGACCACACGGAGUUAGUGUUAUUGGACUUGCAUUAGGCACCAAAGUUUCUGUCGAAGAAGAAGCUGUUAACAAAGACCCGUUUAAAGCCCAGGCAGGUGGAAUGGUCAAUAUGCAAGCUUUAAAAUCGGGCAAAGUAAAACAAGUGGAUGAUGCUUACGAUACGGGAAUAGGGACACAAUUUUCGGUAGAAACAAAUAAAAGAGACGAGGAUGAAGAAAUGAUGAAAUAUAUAGAAGAAGAAUUAUCGAAAAGAAAAGGAAAAAGUGAAAAAGAAGAGAUACCCAGCAAGAUAACUUCUAGAAAUACGUACUUGGCACCAGAAGAAGCAGCUUUACAAGCUGUUCCCAAACAUUUAAGAGAAUCUUCAGCAAAAAGGUCUGAGGAAAUGCUUUCGAAUCAGAUGUUGAGCGGUAUUCCCGAAGUUGAUCUUGGUAUUGAGGCUAAAAUUAAGAAUAUCGAAGCAACUGAGGAGGCCAAACUUCGACUCCUAUGGGAAAAACAGAAUAAAUCUGAUGGACCUUCACAGUUUGUUCCCACCAACAUGGCUGUGAAUUUUGUCCAGCAUAAUAGAUUUAAUAUUGAACAGGCAGAACUGGUAAAGAAAAAGGCAAAGAUAGAGACAGACGCUUCAAAACCGAAGAAGAAAGACGAGAAAGCUACGGAUGACUAUCAUUUUGAACGAUUCAAAAAACAGUUUAGAAGAUAACAUGUACAUAUUUAUUACAACAUUAAUCACACUGUAAAUAUUUGAGGUAUAAUUUAAAAGAAAAAUAAAAUAAUUUAUACAUUUUUUAAACCAUUUAUU